GCGGGACAGGCCGGAGGGGCCGCGCGCCGAGGCGGUGGUACAGCCUGGAGCAGCCGGCAGCUGCGGGCCGGGGACCCCGGACCUCUCCCCAAGCCGAGAAGAAGGCAGGCAGGAGCCAAGGCCCCCUCCCGAGGAUGACACUAAACACGCAGCAGGAAGCAAAGACGCCCCUGCGACGGCGAGCCAGCACCCCGCUGCCCCUGUCCUCCCCGGGCCGCCAGCCUGGCCUGUGCGCAGCACCUUCCACUUCCACACAACCCCGGCACCCACGCCUGGGCCAGUCGGCCUCCCUCAACCCUCCCACCCAGCAGCCUUCACCUGCCCCCGACGGCUGGUCCUCUGAAUCCAGCGACUCGGAGGGCUCCUGGGAGGCCCUCUACCGCGUGGUGCUGCUGGGAGACCCUGGCGUGGGGAAGACCAGCCUGGCCAGCCUCUUCGCAGGGAAGCAAGAGCGGGAGCUCCAUGAACAGCUGGGAGAAGAUGUGUACGAGAGGACCCUCACAGUGGAUGGAGAAGACACCACUCUGCUGGUCAUGGACACCUGGGAGGCUGAGAAACUGGAUGAAAGCUGGAGCCAGGAGUCCUGCCUGCAGGUGGGCAGUGCCUACGUCAUCGUGUACUCCAUCGCAGACAGAGGCAGCUUCGAGAGCGCCUCUGAGCUCCGCAUUCAGCUAAGGCGCACACAUCAGGCGGACCAUGUGCCCAUCAUCCUGGUGGGCAACAAGGCGGACCUGGCACGCUGCCGAGAAGUCUCCGUGGAAGGUGAGCCCUCUGGUCCACCCUCCUUCUCCGUACUCCUCUCAGCCCCACUGUCACUGUUCCUGCUCUAGUGUGUCUUCAUCUCAGAGACUGCCUGCCACCUACCACCCCCAUUCUGCAUCUCCUGGCCUCUGCCUGAAAGCUAGGAACCAUUCCUGUCUCCUCUCGCACUCCCCCAAACCAGUCCCCAAAUCCUCCCUUAACCCCACAUUCCCUUCACCCCAUUCCCAUAGCCUCUGACCCAUUCCGCUAUUUCCACUUCAGCCUGGGCCAGCCCCCACCCUAAUUCUGUACCCCCACUUAAGCAGUUCUCAACAGCUGCCACAGGUUCCCAGAACCAGAUCUGACCUUGUCACUUCUCCGCUUAAAAAUUCCCAUUUGGCCCUUCAUGCCCUUAGUCAGCGACACUUUAUCCACCAGGCCUCACAGGCCUAGUCCUACAGGAUU